AUGGGGGAUCCUUGUGCCACGCAGGGUGAAAAACCAUCCAAGGAAGGGGAAAUGUUCUCUCUCCAGCAAUUGCAGCUGUGGCGGAAAACACGGUACUGGUACGAUCACUAUUUGCGAUGGAACGAAUCUGAAAAUCCCGGCGUGAAGACGCUACGUUUCUCGGCCGACCAGGUGUGGAAACCGGACAUCCUUCUGUACAACAGUGCCAACGAGGAAUUCGACUCCACCCUCCACACCCACGUCUUGGUGAACUCCAGUGGUUACUGCCAGUGGUUGCCCCCAGGGAUCUUGAAAAGCACCUGUCGUAUCGACGUCCGCUGGUUCCCCUUCGACACCCAAAAAUGCAACCUCAAGUUCGGGUCCUGGACUCACGACGGCUGGUUGCUCGACCUCCGUAUGCUGGAAAGCGACACCUCGGGCUACGUCUCCAACGGGGAGUGGGAGCUUGUGGGUGUCCCCGGCAGCGAGAACCGAGUUUACUACGACUGUUGCCGGGAGCCGUACCUGGAUGUCACCUUUGUUGUGAUUAUGCGCCGCCGGACGCUCUACUACGCCCUGAACAUGCUGGUGCCUUGCUUGCUCCUUUCGGCCGUGACGUUUCUGGUUUUCCUCCUGCCCGCUGAUUCCGGGGAGAAGAUUUCUCUGG